ACCGUUGGUGUUUCCUCGACUCGUCUUCGACCCUCAAAGUGCAGUCCUCCGCCCUGUCGAUAUAGAACACUCCUUGGUAUCUGUCGCCAACUCUCUCGAGACCCCACGUGAUGUCACAAAUUCGGCCUGGGGUAUUCUCGAGCCUGCGCAUGGGGGAGGUCAUACGCGAAAAGGUCCAAGACGGACUGACCGGAGAGACGAAGGAGAUGCAAUAUACACAAUGCAAGAUCGUCGGCAAUGGCUCGUUUGGUGUUGUCUUUCAGACCAAACUGACCCCAAGUGGUGAGGAUGCCGCCAUCAAGCGAGUGCUCCAGGACAAGCGGUUCAAGAACCGUGAGUUGCAGAUCAUGAGGAUCGUGCGCCAUCCCAACAUCGUGGAGCUCAAAGCCUUCUACUACUCCAAUGGGGAAAGGAAGGACGAGGUGUAUCUGAACCUGGUGCUGGAGUAUGUCCCAGAGACCGUAUACCGUGCCUCGAGGUACUUCAACAAGAUGAAGACUACCAUGCCGACUCUCGAAGUGAAGCUUUACAUCUACCAACUCUUCCGGUCUCUGGCAUACAUUCACUCGCAGGGAAUCUGCCAUCGAGACAUCAAGCCCCAGAACCUGCUGCUAGACCCUAAUACCGGUAUCCUGAAGCUCUGCGACUUCGGAUCAGCCAAGAUCCUUGUCGAGAAUGAGCCCAACGUGUCUUACAUCUGUUCACGUUACUACCGGGCGCCAGAAUUGAUCUUCGGUGCCACUAACUACACCACAAAAAUCGAUGUGUGGUCUACUGGAUGUGUCAUGGCAGAAUUGAUGCUGGGCCAGCCACUCUUCCCUGGUGAAUCCGGUAUCGAUCAACUUGUGGAGAUCAUCAAGGUUCUUGGUACUCCCACUCGCGAGCAGAUUCGGACCAUGAACCCCAAUUACAUGGAGCACAAGUUCCCUCAAAUCAAGCCACAUCCCUUCAAUAAGGUUUUCCGCAGAGCUUCUCCCGAAGCCAUCGAUCUCAUCUCGGCGCUUUUGGAAUACACGCCAACUCAGCGUUUGUCUGCGAUCGAGGCCAUGUGCCAUCCCUUCUUCGACGAGCUGCGGGAUCCAAACACGCGCUUGCCUGACUCACGUCACCCCAACAACCCGCCUAGGGAACUCCCUAAGCUGUUUGAUUUCUCUCGUCACGAACUCUCCAUUGCACCGGCACUGAAUAGCCGGCUGGUUCCUCCUCACGCACGCCCCGCCCUCGAGGCUCGCGGGCUCGACAUCGAUAACUUUACGCCUCUUACGAAGGAAGAAAUGAUGGCCCGUCUCGACUGAUUCAAGACGCGUCGACGUAACGAAGUACACGCCUGUUCGGAGUGCUGUCUCUUAUACGGUGCGCAAUCAUCUCUGAUUUCAUGCCACGCGGAGUUCCCACAUUCAUGCAUCGGGCGGUCUUUCGAUUCGAAACGAGUCUUCAGAUGUGCUUAGGCCUCAUAAUUGGCGUACCACUGGGAAUCGAUUCCCUGGGAGAAGGAAAGAAAAAGAGCAAAAAGUACCAUCCAUGUCAUGACGGGAAUUUGGGCAACGAAUCGUUAUAGC